AUGACAAAAGGUAAAAGCUUUAGUGGCGCUGAAAGAAAUGCAUCACAAGCGGUUAAAACUGUAAAGUUUUAUUCGAGAGGGAGAUCCGACGAUGAGAGUUUGCAAGGUGAGCAUGUCGAAGCAGAGCGCCUAUCGAAGCACGAUCUUAAGCGCAUUUCUAACAACUUGCUGAAAACUCGAAUUACAUUACCAGUUUUCAAAUACAAAGACUCGAUAAUGGAGCAUCUACUUUCAAAUCAAGUGACCAUCUUGAUUGGUGAGACAGGAUCUGGUAAAUCAACGCAGCUUCCUCAGUUUCUAUUGGAGAAACUAACCGCAGCUCACGGCAAUAAACGUAUAGCGGUAACUCAACCUCGUAGAGUUGCAGCCAUCAAUUUGGCUACGCGUGUUGCUCAAGAAUAUGGCUGCCGCGUAGGUGACCGAGUUGGAUACGCAGUACGUUUUGACAAUAAGACCAACAGCAAAACGAGGCUUAAGUAUCUCACCGAUGGUAUGCUUUUGCGCGAAAUCAUGCUUGACCGGAACUUGUCUGAUUACACCUGUGUGAUCAUCGAUGAAGCGCAUGAACGUACUAUACUCACAGAUUUGAUUUUAGGUUUUUUGAAAGAGCUAAUCCACGGCCUUAGACCCGAUCUGAAGGUUGUUGUUAUGUCUGCCACUCUACAAGCCGAGAAAUUUAGCGCCUUCUUUAACGAUGCUCCAAUAUUGUUUGUGGAAGGCCGUAAAUAUCCAGUACAACGAAACUAUUUGAAAGAACCUUGUGAUGAUGUAGUAGAUGCUAUAAUAAGGUGCUGUGUACAAAUCAACCAAGGAGAGCAACUUGGUGAUAUUCUGUGCUUUAUGCCAGGUCAGGAGGAAAUUGACAAGGCCGUUGUUGUUCUGAACAAGAUUAGUGAACACCUGGGAACCUCGGUGCCGCGUUUGAUAGCACUCCCUCUCUAUGCAGCACUCCCGCCAUCAGAGCAAGCAAAGGUAUUUUUGCCACUCAAAGGCUUCAAGCGAAAGGUCGUCUUUUCCACCAAUUUGGCCGAAACGUCCGUCACUAUCUCUGGUGUUAAGUUUGUCGUUGAUUCUGGUUUGCGCAAAGUGAAAGUAUGGCGGCACAACUUGGGGUUGGCCACACUGCUUACUGUUCCUAUCUCAAAGGCAAGUGCUUCUCAAAGGACUGGGCGUGCCGGUAGAGAGAAUCCGGGAAAGUGCUACAGACUUUACCGAGAACAGGACUAUCAAAAGCUCCCCAUGCAGACUGAACCGGAAAUUGCGCGAAGCGAGAUUACAUCUCCAGUACUUAUGUUAAAGAAAAUUGGUGUUCAAGACAUAGUAAACUGGUCGUGGUUAGAAAACCCUGGUAAACAAGCAAUAUUGCUGGCUUUACAAGAGCUGUAUCAGCUAAAAGCACUUGACGACCAAGGCAAAAUCACUAGUAAAGGUCAGCAGAUGGCCCUACUUCCUCUAGCACCGCACUUAAGUUGCGUUCUAUUACAAGCUCGUGACUCAGGCUGUCUCCUCCCUGUCAUUGAUAUUGUCUCAUGUCUCAGUGUAGAAAAUUUGCUUCUUAAUCCAUUGCCAGAACUCCGAGAUGAAAUAAAUGAGAAGCGUUUUUCCAUUGCCACUCGCGGAGCUAAGUUUGGAGACCUUAUUAUGAUGAAGGAACUCUAUAAUGCAUACGUCUCAUUACGAAGCAGCGCUGAAAAGGAUGAAUGGUGUAAGGACCUCUGCGUAUCAAAAAGAGGUUUCAGAAAUGUUGUAAAAGUUCGUUCUCAGCUUAUAUCGUACAUGGAGAAGCUUUUCAAUGAGAAAAUAGAUGUUAGUGAAACAGGAAUGGAUAACGACAGCUUCGACGUUAAAUCUGUUAUUCAAUGCUUUUUGGCUGGAUUCAUGAAAAACAGUGCCAUUGGAAUGCCUGAUAGAUCAUUCAGGACUAGCACCACUGGGGAGACCAUUUCUGUGCAUCCUUCGUCGAUGUUAUUUAUGGACAGAAGUUGUCCAGCCAUUCUGUACACUGAGUACAUUUUUACCACAAAGGGAUAUGCCAGAAAUGUGAGCCGCUUGGAACUGUCCUGGCUGCAAGAGAUCGUAGGUAUGUCCAAUGUUAAAAUCAGUGCGAGAUAA